CUUUCUUCUUUCAAGAUCGCGCCUCUUUUCAAAGCCUCUAUUCCUUAGGUUUUUAAACCAGUUUUCAAAGCUGGCCCGAGGGCAUGAAAACUCGAAGAUUAUGUUAUAGACCCCUGUGGUGGGGGUAAUGGUGGGAGAGUUAGCACCUCUGGAUGAGUGCCCUGUAGAGUUGCUGUUUGUACUGAUCCUCUCAAAGAACGGCUUUGCGAUUAAAUCCGUUCUUUAAAUUCAGCGCCAACACAGUAUUUUGGAAGAUUUGUUGUAUAAGUUAUUCAUUUGGGAUAUGUAGAAUCCCGUGGAGCUCGCCCCAGGAAUGGACAGCUCCCUCCGUUUGUGGAGGAGAGCGGUGCCAGCUGAAGCGGCCUCGGAGGCGGGCGGGCAGCAGCGCUGGUAGCUCGGGGAGAGCCGGGGCAGGGCCGAUCCCGCCGGCUGUCCGCAGCCAUGCCGUUCGGGCUCAAGCUGCGGCGCACCCGGCGCUACAACGUGCUCAGCAAGAACUGCUUCGUGACCAGGAUCCGUCUGCUGGACAGCAACGUGAUCGAGUGCACCCUGUCCGUGGAGAGCACGGGCCAGGAGUGCCUGGAGGCUGUCGCGCAGAGGCUGGAAUUGCGCGAGACUCACUACUUCGGCCUUUGGUUUCUCAGCAAGAACCAGCAGGACCGCUGGGUUGAACUGGAAAAGCCUCUGAAGAAGCAGCUGGACAAAUUUGCCAAUGAGCCUUUGCUUUUCUUUGGGGUGAUGUUCUAUGUGCCCAGUGUUUCCCGACUGCAGCAGGAGGUGACAAGGUAUCAGUAUUACCUACAGGUGAAAAAGGAUGUUCUUGAUGGGCGAUUGAUAUCCUCCUUCGAGCAGGGGAUUCGACUGGCUGGCCUGGCAGUGCAAGCGGAUUUUGGAGACUAUAAUCAGUUUGAAUCUCAUGACUUCCUCCGAGAAUAUGUCUUGUUUCCUAUGGAUUGGACCCAGGAUGAAGCUGUCCUGGAGGACCUGACUCAGAAGGUUGCCCAGGAACACCGAACUCACAGUGGCAUUACAGCAGCAGAGGCUGAGCUAAUGUACAUCAAUGAAGUGGAACGUCUGGAUGGGUUUGGACAGGAAAUUUUCCCUGUGAAGGAUAACCAUGGAAAUGACAUACACCUUGGUAUUUUCUUCAUGGGCAUCUUCAUAAAAAACAGAAUUGGAAGGACAACUGUGAUCUAUAGGUGGAAUGACAUUGGGAAUAUUGCUCAUAACAAGUCUUCAAUUGUUCUAGAGUUGAUCAACAAAGAAGAGAAUGUACUCUUUCACACAGACGAUCUUGAAAAUGCUAAAUAUAUUUCACGUCUCUUUGCAUCAAGACACAAGUUUUACAAACAGAACAAAAUCUGCACAGAACAAUCAAAUUCUCCUCCCCCUAUCCGACGGCGGCCAACCUGGAGUAGGUCAUCUUUGCCAAGACAACAUCCUUUUAUACUGCCUCCUAUGCAUGUCCAGUGUGGAGAACACUACACUGAAACACAUAAUUCACAAGAUAGCAUUUUCCAUGGAAAUGAAGAAACUUUCUACUGUAGGUCUCAGACCAGUUUGGAUAGGUGUCCAAUGGACUUCAGCUACUUGAAUGGUAAUGGACCCAAUGGGAGUGUAUGCAGUGCCCACAGCAUGAACUCCCUCAAUCGCUCACAGAACUUCAUCCAGGCAUCUCCAAUGUCCUCAAAUCUGAGCAUCCCGGGGAGUGACAUCAUGAGAGCAGACUAUAUCCCCAGCCACAGACACAGUGCAAUCAUCGUCCCAUCUUACAGGCCAACUCCAGAUUAUGAAACUGUCAUGAGGCAAAUGAAGAGAGGGGUGAUCCAGAUGGACAGCCAAAGUCAGUCUUUGAGGAAUCUCAAUAUUGGAAACACACAUGCUUACAACCAGCCAGAGGACCUAGUUUACAGCCAGCCUGAGAUUCGAGAGAGGCACCCUUACACGAUCACCUACGGGCCCCAGGGGGGUGCCUAUAACAAGCCCGUGGUCCCGUCUGACCAAAUGAACCCCAACAACGCUGCCCAGAACAAGGCGGCAGCCAGCGCCAUAUCCCACACAGUCAGCACCCCAGAGCUGGCCAACGUGCAGCUGCAGAGCGGCCAGAGCUACAACACCACGCACAUGCUCAAGAACUAUCUCUUCAGGCCCCCGCCUCCGUACCCGCGCCCGCGCCCCGCCACCAGCACGCCCGACCUGGCCAGCCACCGGCACAAGUACGUCAGUGGCAGCAGCCCCGACCUGGUCACCCGCAAGGUGCAGCUCUCGGUGAAGACCUUCCAGGAGGACAGCUCGCCCGUGGUGCGCCAGUCGCUGCAGGAGGUCAGCGAGCCCCUCAUGGCCGUGAAGCACCACGCGGCCGUCAACAAGCGCCACAGCCUGGAGGUCAUCAGCAAUAUGGUGCGCGGCAUAGAAGCCAUGGCCCUGAAAACUUUGAAUGCCCCUCUGCCACGCAGGAACACUCUGCGGGAGCAGGUGCAGCCGGAAGAGCCGGUUCAGAUGGGCCACGAAGUUCAGCAAGUCCCUCACUACCACCACAAAAAGACGUUUUCCGAUGCCACAGUGCUGAUACACAGCAGUGAAAGCGAAGAGGAAGAGGAAACACAGGAAUCUGUGUCCCGGAUAGCAGCCCUCCACGAGAACAUGGAGUACAGUGCUCAGCUGCAAGCUGCCUUGGCUAGAAUACCAAAUAAACCUCCUCCGGAGUACCCUGGGCCUCGUAAAAGUGUCAGCAACGGAGCGCUGAGGCAGGACCACGUUAGCAUUUCUGUGGCUGUGGCCAGGGCCAAGGCCAUGAGGCCGGGGCCUUCCAAAGCCAUCAGUGUCUCUCGAACUGAUCAAGUGGCAGUAAAUGGGUCUUCACUGGGGCCCUCUAUCUCAGAGCCUGACCUCACCAGUGUGAAGGAGCGGGUCAAGAAGGAGCCGGUCAAGGAAAGGCCUGUGUCUGAAAUGUUUUCUAUCGAGGACAGCAUUAUAGAAAGAGAGAUCAUGAUGAGGAAUCUAGAAAAGCAGAAGAUGGCAGGCCUGGAGGCCCAGAAGAGGCCCUUGAUGUUGGCAGCACUGAACGGACUCUCAGUUGCUAGGGUUCCAGUGCCGGAGGACAGCCAGGAUGAAGUCACCAAGGUGCCAAUGGAUGAGAGGUGCAAAAUCCUGAGGAGGAAGCUGGAGGAGGGGAUGGUGUUUACAGAAUACGAGCAGAUUCCAAAGAAGAAGGCAGAUGGGAUCUUCACCACUGCUGCCCUGCCUGAGAACACGGAGCGCAACCGCAUCAGGGAGGUCGUUCCUUACGAGGAGAACCGCGUGGAGCUGGUGCCGACCAAAGAGAACAACACAGGCUACAUCAAUGCUUCACACAUAAAGGUGACUGUAGGUGGAGAGGAGUGGCACUACAUUGCUACCCAAGGGCCCCUGCCACACACAUGCCAUGACUUCUGGCAGAUGGUGUGGGAACAGGGGGUGAAUGUUAUAGCCAUGGUCACAGCUGAGGAGGAGGGAGGAAGAAGUAAGAGCCAUCGCUACUGGCCUAAGCUGGGCUCUAAGCACAGCUCAGCCACCUACGGGAAGUUCAAGGUGACAACCAAGUUCCGCACGGACUCUGGCUGCUUUGCAACUACUGGUCUGAAGGUCAAGCAUCUUCUCUCUGGGCAGGAGAGGACAGUGUGGCAUUUGCAGUAUACUGACUGGCCAGACCAUGGGUGUCCAGAAGAAGUCCAAGGCUUUUUAUCUUACCUGGAGGAGAUCCAGUCAGUGCGUCGGCACACCAACAGUGUGCUGGACAGCAGCAACACCUGCAACCCUCCCAUCGUGGUGCACUGCAGUGCAGGCGUGGGCAGGACUGGCGUGGUCAUCCUCACAGAGCUCAUGAUUGGCUGCUUGGAGCAUAAUGAGAAAAUGGACGUUCCUGUGAUGCUGAGACACCUGCGGGAGCAGAGGAUGUUUAUGAUCCAGACCAUAGCCCAGUACAAAUUUGUCUACCAAGUGCUCAUACAAUUCCUGCAAAACUCGAGACUUAUUUAAUCUUUUCAAACAUCCCAGACCCAGCAUUGUGGAUCUGACUGAACCUUACUGAUGAACUGCCUUGACAACACUGUGUGCAUAUAUUGCACUUUUUAAAGUUGUCUUGAAAGUAAGGAAUGAUGGUUCUUUACUAGUCUCCCAUGGAUUAUUUUAUACAAGAUAUAAUUUAUUUUUCUUGGAAUAACUUUUGAAUUACUUUCAUAACUCAUAAAACUUAUAGUGACCUUGAAAGUGAACCACAUUUGACAUGACUGGUCUGCAUUGUAACAUGUCUGUAAGGAAAGCAAUCCUUUGUAAAGGUAGUUUGCUGGCUUUUAUUUUCCUACACGGCUUCUGAAACCCACAGUUAUUUGGCAGUGGGCUUUUUUCAUGUAAGGACCUUCUGGACCCAGUGUGUGGCUUCUCUGGUGAAAGCAAGACCUGCUAGAUGUCAGCUAUGUGUGAGUGGAAGCUGAGGGUGCACAGCUUGGAGACCCGAGCUCUGCACAUGCAGCCGGGCAUGUUACAGAGGGCUCGAGCACAGGACAUUGUGAGGACAGAGAGUUUUGGGUGCUGAACUCUUCAAAUUCCACAAGAAUUAUGGUUUUAGAUUAGUCCUCGAAAAAAAUCAAUAUUGUAUCUUUUUAAGGAAGCUUUUUGCUGGCUGUGUGCAACCCUUGAAGGGAACCAUAAGAAGCAAUGUAGGGUGAAGUGCAGUGACCUCCAGCAGGCUGAAGUCAGUGAAAGACUCUUUCCAAUAACUCUGGUGAUCUGAGAGUUUAACAGCAGAGCAUUUUCAACCAAACACAUCUGGAUAAAAAGCCAAAUCAAGCACCUUCUCACAAAUUACACUGAAAGUGUUAUUGCCUUGAGGCUCACCCUCUGCAGGCAAGGAAUCUCAUUUAAAUUAGGCAUCCCCAGCUGCCUUAGUCUUCAUGUGUGAACUAUUGUUGGGUGGUUAGAGAAGGAGUCAGGCUAGAGAGGUGCCUUGGAGGUCUCUGGACCCAGCCACACUCACCCCACUGCUGACUUGAAACUUGGAUAGGCUUGUGCAGGGUCACAUCCAGUUUCAGAAUUCUCAAGGGUGACGAUUUCACAGCCUCUCAGGGCAUGUGACACAAUGCAGUUACUUUGUUGUAGUGAAAUCACCUUUCUUGGUAUCCCUUCCCCAGAUGCUUCUAAUAUUUUAAUCCUACUGUUGCUUUUCUGUUGCAUCCCCACCUCCAAACCCUGGUCAAUGUACAAGGGCCUAAGCCUGCAAGCACACUUAAUUUCAGCACUAAAGGAACUAAAAUUAAUGGGAAGCUUAAGGCAAGGUUCUGUACCAGAAUGUUUCUUGAAUGUAUUUAAAACUGCACUGUGUUGAAUUGGUGCUGUGCAAUACAGGCCUAACAUGAUGACAAAGUCUCUGGUGAAGACUUGUAACCAUCAACAAAUGGAGAGGAAUUAUUUUGCUGUAAUAGCUUGACCAUGUUCCUUUUAGGGAUCAGUUGAGCUUUCAGUCAACUUCAGUUUUGCUCUAAUUUUUUUUCUGCCAGUGCCAACAUAUCUCUUGUUAAAUUAGCAGCAACCAUUUAAAGUCUUUUCAGCAGCAUCUGCAUGAUAAUUGCAGAGAGAUGCUUUAUAUCUGGGAAAAAAGCCAAGGAAUAAACCUUGAAGCAAAGUGUAUUAAAUUAGUUAUCUCGUUAUAACUUUUUGAAUAAUUUCCUAAUGAUGAAUUAAGUUUGAACUCAGAGCUGUCAAGUCCCAUUGCUCCACUUGGAUGUGAGAAGUAGAAAAGCAGGAGGGAAAAGAAUCUGUUCCUGUGUCUUAUUAUUCAGCUGCUCUUGGCUGCAAUGUGUGUUUCUGCUGCUACAAUGAGCACAGGAAAGUUAUUGCAUAAGAGAGUGUGAAGAGCUGUGUUUGAAGGGAAGAAAAUUAAGCAAAUGUUUUUUUAUGCAAAGAUGCAUCAUAGGUGUCUUAGAAAAACAUUAAUUAGAAAAAGGCACUAAAAAUCCUUUCCAAAUUAAGUCAGUGCCUAUUAAUGAGCCAAAUAAGUGGCCAUGUGGUAAGCAGUCAUUUCCAAUUAACUCCUAAUGUGGCUGGGAUGGUAGAUAGAGGCCAAUGUGAGUCACUUUUUCCUUUUCAUUGUCAAAGAAUGGUAAUUUUAAACUUUUCCUUUCAUCUGACUUCAAUGUAUUUUUCCCUGCUAGAUUUUAUCUUGACUAGAUCUGUUAAUAUCCUAAGUGAAUUGGGCUGUUGCAUGUCUUCAGAGGUUCUUUUCCACCCCAGCUUACAAGCAGCCCUCAGCAUGCUGAUGUUUUAUGGUUGAAACGUGGUACAGUUUUGUAAGGGAAAAAAUGAACCUUCUCACUUUGAACCUGUUGUAGUUUUAUCAGGCCAAAAUUGCUUGGGCAGUAUUUCCUAACCUUUAGGGAGUGACAGGAAAAUGCAUUUUGCAUCCAAUUUUCUUAGUCAUAGCAGGAAUGAACACAUGGGCCUUAAAGCAACAGUGCUGUUAAGUUUCUGUCCUGCAGACUUUUAAACAGCAGAACCCUUGAGGAGAAAAGGACAGUUUGGAGUUGCUGUUUGUUGUGUUGCAUGUUUUUUAACAUCAAAGCCUGACAGUAGCUUGAGACCAGUUUCCUCCAUUUGGAGUAAAGUCUGCAUUGAAAAUCUCACAAUGAUUCAUCAGUGAACAGAAUUUUGAAACAGGCAGUCUUCUCCCAGAGCACCCACCUUGCAGUCUGGCAUGUUCAGCCUACAUUCCCUGAUGCUUUCCAAGAGAGAACUUGCAGCAGAUGAGUCUGGCUUGGGCAUCCAUUGUGUCUGUUUUUCUUUCAGUACACUCUUCAUCUGUAUUUAGCAACCUUUGCCUUUUUAAUUUAAACUCUUGCCAACUAUAGUAUUGAGGUGCUGGCGUCAGCUUUUUGGUUACAGUUAUGGUCUGAGCAUUUCAUGCUUCCCAUUGUUAGAGCAGGGAUGGGAGAGAUGACAGCUGAGCUGUGGUGCUGCUCAGUGCUCUGGGGAUCUUGUUUCUGUCCCCCAUCAGUCACACUGCAGGAUGGUGGACAUCAGCUGCUCAGGUCCUACUUGUUUCAGGUCCUACAAAGGCUUGUUUAGGCACCUCUUGUGUGGGAUCUCAGCACGGCAGUCCUGAUGUGCAGGGUCACCGAGACAACCCUUGGGAGGCUCGGAGGUCCUGGAACGUGGUCAGAAGUGUCUGCAGGUUGGACUUUGACCCAGCACAGGGAACAUCACCUGUAUGAGGAUGGGAGAAUCACAGGGGAUAAAGAAUCACAGGGGUGAAGAGAUAGAUUAGUUAUAGUGUGAAACACAGGGUUUAGAAUCUUGGUACAGGGGGGACAAGAUGGAGGAAUUGGGGCGUGUCCUGUCCUUCUUCUUCUUGUCUUCCAUCUUCUGUGGUGGUGGUGGCACUUUGAGAUUGGUUCUUACUAAAAGUGCACUUGUCAAUAAGGGUGAAAGGUAUUGGGGGGAAAAGGUAAAUAUCUUACACAUAGUUUUGGGUAUAAAAAUAACUGACCGCCCCGAGGGCACGCAGUGUGCUCAUGGCUGACGUGCUGUGCAGACCUCUGUCGGGCUGAGAGAAGAUAUUGUAGAUAAAAAAUUAAUAAACACUGGAGACCGAAAAAAUCUGAAGACUCCUUUCGUCCUUUGGAGCGCGGGCUGCCCCAAGGCCAUCCUGAGCCUUUCCAGGCCGUCAAAAACAGCCAAGAACGGGACACUCUUGUCCUUCACAACCUGAGGAAAGAUGAAGCUUGUGCCCACAAACAUUUUCCUGUGUAGGCAUACAGGGAUCCUAAAUGCUCAGCCUUAUCAGAAAUCCCCUAAACUAAUUUUAGCUGGCAAAAGACACAUCUCUGAGAGCUUACUCAACCUAUUGCCAGCACAGUCCUUGAAGUAUAUUGAAGUGCAUUUCUGUUCUACUUAUUUAAAUCACCUUCCUCAGCUACAAAUAUUAUUAAAUAUUUGCAUGAUUUCAAAAGCUGGGGGUUUUAAAAUUACUUUCUUGUAAACAAACAGAAAUGCAAAUGGCAAAACAUGGACUUACUCAUUCUUUUCCAACCUAAGUGCUUCAAUAGUGCUUGUCAUGUCAGCCAGGACAUUAUUUUUUGAUCCAAUACCUGCUAUGUCUGUGUAGUCCACAAGCAACUCUAAAAGAAAUGUUACUGGGCAAUCUUGUACUUGGAUAUAGCACAGAAAUCUGUAGGGAAAAUUCAGCAGAGCUAACUCUGACAAUGCUGCAUUUCCAACAGCCGACUUCCCACUGGUCUCCUGGGAGGAGAUGAUGACUGAAUUAGCUGUUGUCAGCCUCACUAACAGUUUGUGCUCUGUGUGCUCAGAAAGUGGAAUCAUCAGGCUGAUCUCUGCUGUAGCAGCUCUUGUGCAUCACUGAGAGAGGCCUGAGUAAAAUUUUGCUCCUUGUCUUAGUGGGUAAAAAAAUGCUACGGUGGCAGCCACUGCAGGUAAUAAAGGCCUGCAUCACAUUGCAGGAGCAAAUUCCUGAGCUGACCAUGAGAGGAAGGACUGCAUGAAAACAGCCUUUGACCACCCUUCUGCAAAAUGAAUAUAAAGCUGCUGAUGUCUACUUCAAGGCAUAUCGAGUUUGGGCUAGGUUUUGAUGGCAGUAAGAGAAAGGCUGCAAGUCCAAACCCCAAAAGCAGUUGCCCCCAACUCACUCCUAGCCUUCUAGAGUGGUUUUCUUGUAGGAUCUGGUGCUAAGGGAGCUUUAGAUGCCAUCUAGGUCUUUAGAGAGAAGGACAUUCUACAUGCAGCUGCUUCCAGGGAUUGAGGAUUUGAGGAAGGGAACAGAUGGCUAUGGGGCAAAACAAGAUGGAGGUAUUAACCAUAAAUAAACUAUUGUUAGAUUGUGAAACAAAACAGUGCACAGGUCAAAAAAUAGCAGUGUUUAUAUAAAUAUUUAAAGUAAAUAAAUUUAGUGUUUUUGGAGUAUCUCAGAUUCCAGUUCCAUUGGCUUCUCUCAGCUGUUUUUUGGCUGGCAUUUCUUUGAAGUUUUGUUGCCUGUGCUUUCUGUGCACUCUCACUGAGAGUCUCCCGCAUGCUUUAACAACAGGACUUUGCCUGCAGAGAGUGAAUUGGAAAUCACUGAAAAUAGGAGCUUCCUCUGGAGAAUUCCAGCACUAUGUAACAGCAAGGGAAGGACUGCCACCUUGAUUGUUGUGGCACCUUGAUUACACUGAUUCUCAGUGGCUGGACAGUCAGUUCCAGGUAUUUCAGGGGUAGUGCUCCUUGAUUAGGCAGGUAGAAAAGGAAUGCUUCCCACAAACUAUUUCCAUGUCAGGGUGUGGGGCACUCCCGACUUAGACAGUGGCUGGUAGUUGAGGAAGAAGUAGGGAUGUGUCUAGAAAAGGUUGCUCAGCCCCUCUGGUGCACCUGGCAGCAAACUUUAUGGGUUUCCUGAGGCCAAAGCUGUAUCCUGCUCCCUGUGUAGUACCUCCUGGUGGAUCCAUCUUGAAUCACAUUACCUUCUCUUUAGAAGCCAUCUCUGGCCUUCACAAUGUCCUGUGCUGGUGAGUUCCAUAACUUAUAUGGAGUUGAAGAUGGAAUGCAUGAGAACUUCCUUUUUGUGUAUGUUAAAUAAAAGUAUUUUCUUGCUUCUGCUUGGUCUUUAAAAGAACGCAAAUCUGUAGUACCAGAAACACUGGUAAUAGGAUGUUUAUCCUGUUGAGGUUGCUGCAUACAAAUAACAUUUUUUCCUCACUAGUAAAGUACCUUUCGUUAUUUUACAAAGGAAAAAGUUUACACAUGCAGAUGACUGUAAUAUUCCCAUAUGUUAUUGUGUGGAAUGUGGUAAAUGAGUUAACAUGCUUAAGUUUUAUGUCACUGGAUUUUACUGUCCUGUUUUACUACAGUAUUGUGAUGCCUCUGUUUUUAUUUGUUCUGUAAUUCUGUACCUGACAGUUUAGCCCAAAACAGUGAUCUGAUCUCACCACCUCAUUGUAUGUACACAUUUUGUAGAAAAAUGAGACAUCAGUUAUGUGCCCUUCCUGCCCUCAACCCCUCCUGUUAGGGCUGAAUGGCAGAAUUAUUCUAUGCUAUUGAAAGCCUUUAAAAAAAUAAAAAUCUAUGCAUGCUAUUUUAUAUUCUAAUGUAUUAUUCAUAUCAGUACAUAAGCUUAUGCUUGUCAGUUUUAUCUUGUGUAUAGAACUGAUUACUUUUGACAGUAUUUUUGCACUGUUUCUUUUCUUUCUCUUUUUAUUAUAAAAAGUUCUAUCAGCAUUAAUUGAUUGCAAUAAUUUUUUUACCCCUUUCACUGCCUUUGUGUAAAUAGUUUCUUAUAUGCUUUUGCAAAUGUGAGAAUGUCUUCAGUCACUAAGGUUUUUUUGGUAAGGCUGUCCCUCAUAUUCACAGUAUACAAUAAACCAUUUUUUUCAAGGAAAACAA